AUGGCAUUCAAAACCUGGCUUGUCACUGGUGCAUCUUCUGGUCUUGGAGCCGCAAUCGCAGAGGCUGCCCUCCAAGCCGGUCAUACAGUGAUCGCCACCGCUCGCAACCCCACCAAAGCAGCUGAAGCCAACCCCCAGAUCUCAAAACUCGGUGGAAUCUGGAUUGAGCUUGAUGUGACAAGCUCUAGCACCACCAAAGCCGUGGAAGAUGCAAUUAAUAAGUCUGGCGGUGUUAUUGAUGUUGUCGUUAAUAAUGCCGGGUAUUCGUUACUGGGCAGCAUCGAAGAUAUGAGCGAGGCCGAAAUCGAGGCUCAAUUUAACACGAAUGUUUACGGUCCUGUUCGUGUGUUGAAGGGUGUCCUUCCUUUCAUGCGGGAGAGGAAGUCCGGCACGGUUAUUAAUGUCAGUAGCAGUGCCGGGAUUGAUGCACUACCCGCCUGCGCGAUGUACGCCGGAUCGAAGUUUGCUCUUGAAGGUAUGUCCGAAAGUCUCGCAAAAGAGCUAGCACCGUUCAAUAUCCGAGUGCUCGUCGUCGAGCCGGGGUCACUCCGAACCAACUUUUGGUCAGCGUUUGUCGAGCCUACCGCUGGCAUGAACAAAGGCUAUACCGGGACCCCCUUGGAACACGUUCUCCAGGUAUUCAAGUCAAACAAAGCCGCACCUGGCGAUGCUGUCAAAUGUGCCCAGAGGGUUCUAGAAGUCAUAGACGAUACUGGUAUGGGUGCUGGGAAAGGAGACCUGUUUCGCCUGCCGCUUGGCUCGGAUUGCUAUGCACGCUUCCAGACUAAAAUUGACAAGCUGCAAGACAACUUGCUGCAAGCGAAGGACAUUGCCCACUCAACUAGCUACUGA